AGAAGAAGAGCGUCAGCUUGAAGCUUUUUGUUUGUUUUUACCCUUUUUUUGAUUUGUCAGGCACAAAGUCCGUAGGUACAAAAUGCUUUGCCCACCUGCAGUAGGUCCCAUCAGAUAGUUACUUACUAUCUUAUCCGCUUACGUUAUACUACUCAAAUGUGUGUUGUAGCUCCAGGACCUGACUUAAAGUUUACAUCUGUGGCUGUAGUGAUGCCUGUGAGGACAAACUCAGGGCAGGAAGUCGCCGCCCUCUCUCAGAGCGCGCGGGUCUUUUACAAAAUGUCAACAGCUCGUGCUAACGUCGGUUAGCGCGCGAGGUGGGAUCGUUAAUCUCAGCAGGUUUACACGCGAGUUUAAACUUUUAAAACUAUUUAACUCGGUUUGUUUUUAGAGAGGGAGAAGUGACGAAAAAAAUAAAUAAACAAAUAAAUAAAUAAAGAUUGGUUAACCGAACACAACAAUGUUAGCUGGCUAACUGUCGUAAACAGCCGUUUAACGUUAAAAAAAAAAAAAAAAGAUCCAAACAAACAACGAUGGAAACAAAGUAUCCCACCUUGAGAAGACCAAAGAAGAAACUCUGUUACCCGACGACCAAGCAAAGUGCACCUCAGCAAUGGGCACUUCUGUCACUGGGAGACGUUGAUAAAAUGUUUGAUGACUUGGAUCCAACCUUGAAUGGUGAUGAAGAUGUUUAUGUCGACGUACUUCCCACAUCUCCUCUGCUCCACAUGUCUGAAACUGAGAUAAACCAGAGUGAGGGAGAGGAUCCUCUAGAGCCGCAGGAAGAACAGCUAACGGAAAAGCCUCCAAUAUGCCAAGUGGGUGCUGAAGGAGAUGUCCUGCAUCCUGCAGCAAAGUCUCCUAGUCCUGCACUGGACAUCGAAAAGCCAGUGAAGACAUCGAGCCCUAUUGAAGAGAAUAUGGCCGUGCAAGGUAUAAAAGAGCUGGACAAUGAAAAAGGCAGAGCUGUGUCACCAAUACUCUUUGACUCUGAAGAUGAAGAAAAAGAAGAGGCAAAGACGGAGCCUCCAGCCACACAGAAACCCAAGUGCAGUCCAUCUAUAAGCAAAGAGUUUGAGAUGGAGUCUCCUCCAAGCAGGGUUGCUUUAAGCAAACCCACAAUGUCCAGUCACAAAAAUAAGGUGGAGGGAUCAUGCAACAAGAGUCACCCAGUCAAAGAAAAAUCCUCCAAGAAACCUGAAAUACCUGUGUUGGAGGGAAAAGGAAAACCAAGGCAAGAAAACACAGAGCCACCCACGUCAUCAGUGCGACAGGAGGCUGAAGUCGCAGCUCCUAAGAAAAAGUCAGAAAUCGUUCACAGACAGCCAUCACUGGAGGUGUCUAGCAGAGUGGACAGGACCAAUUUUCUACAGAAGCUUAGAGAAGCUGCACAGCCCAAACCUGCAUGUACCAGGAAGCCUCCAUCACCGGUUAAAGUACCUACUCCACCUGAGCCAGAAGAUGAUUUCCUGAUUCUGGAGGAUGAAACACCUCUUUGGUUUUCCAUCCCAAGUAAAACUGCUGCCAUUAAGAGACAGAAAACGCCCAGCACAGACAAAGACAGCUCACCAGACAUGCGAUUGAAGCAUAGCUCAGGAGACACCGCACAAAAACAGCAGGAAUCUAAACUGGGAAAUGUCAAACCAGGUGGUCAGACUGUUCAGAAAACAAAGAAGAUGAAAGGGAAAGAGAAGAAGAAUGAAGCGACUGAGCCUGGAAAUGAUGUGGAUGAAUUGUGCAGUCCUGAGGAACUUCCUGCAGGUGAACUGAUGGAACAAGAGAAACCAAACAAAAAGAAACAAGGCCUCAAGAAGGUACCAUCUAAAGAAAGUGACAAGGCAGAGGAGCAACCUAAAGACACAGCCAGCAGGGAAACGGAUGAAGCCACUCUGAAAAUGGAAAAGAAAUCUCAGAAGUCCUCAGACAUGAAGAGAUCAAAGUCUUUAAAAGAUGGGAACGAAAAUGCCAAAACAAGCAGGGUUAAGUCACUAAAGGGGGCCAGGAAAGAGACACAAGGAUCUGGUGCAGUAAAGGAAAGACGAAAGAGCAGUGAGGAGCACGCAGAUGCUGAAGACCUGGACUCUCUUUCGGCCAAACAAGUCAUGAAUUCUGAAGACUGUCAGAUUCCUGUCAAAAGGAAAAGACAACAGACAGGAGAGUGGUGGUUGUGCCGCCCUGAGAAAACAGAGGAAACAAAAGUCACAGACAAACAACCUACACCGAAGAAGUCGAAACAGCCCAGCAAAAAGCCCAGCGAAGAAGUACCUUCACCCGUAAAGACUAAGAAGGACAGAGUCUUAAAGAGAGGAAGUCAGACAAAGUGUGCACCGUCAUCCAGUCAGAAGACAAAUAAAGCUAGUGAAAGAAAAAACAAACAGAACAAAAGCAGACGAGGUACACCAGGCAAGACAAAAGCAUCAGAAGAAAUAUUUGAUGUGAUUGUAGAAGAGCAGAUUGAUGAGCAGGAGCAGCUGGAGGACCUGGAUCCUGUUGAUUCUAGCCCUUUGGUCCUUGUGCACAGAGACCACAGCCUUGACUCAGGGAGUCAGGUAUUUCAAAGAGUUUACUGUCACUCCUCUAAUGAAAAACUGUCCAUCACACCAACCCCAGCCUCUCCCAGAGGAUCACCGGAGCGGCUCAGGCCAGCGCAGUCAGAGAAACGCAAGAGGAAACCUCCCAGUAACUGGUGGAUGGUUGACGGCAUCUUGAGGGACGUGGAGAACAUCAACUCACAGCCUCAGCAGGAGGAGCCCAAACCUCGUAAGGAAAGAAAAAAGCAGUCUAAACAGAGCAGAUCUGCUGGACUUGGGACUCCCAAAAAUGGCAACGUGGUAGACUCAUUCAGACCACUAGGGGAAGCCCCUGUGCCUUCUCUGAAAGUGAAGCCGCUGUCGCCCCCAAAGACUGUCAAACGCUCUCUGGCUACAUUUAAAAACAUUUUCGCUUCAGCUGCAGAGACCCCGACUGUGGUCGGCAGCAGUGAAGCAGGUCAGAAUAACAGACUUAAAGUAACUGCAUGUCCUGCUGUGGAAGUCACUGUUACUGACGGCAAUACUGAAGAAGCUAUUCUCAGUAUGAAUGUUGGUGAAUCCAACGACCUUCCCAACCAGGAGGGCCAACAGGACAGCAACUUUCAGUCAGAGAACACGUUAAAGGUCCUCAGAAGUGGUCCGUCCUCCAUGAUUGAGUUGGAACACUAUGCGGAGAAUGAGGACUUGAUUCUGCCGUCAUCCAAAAUCCAUGCUGUUAUGUCUCCAUCAGAUCUGUGCCGCCCUCCUCUCAAACCAAUGAUUUUACAGCCGAAGGAUAAGGCCAACCUUACAGAGUGGUUUCAGAGCCUCUGGUCGUCGACCGUCAACAAUGGUGCUGAGAUCACUCCGGAUCAGUUUGAUUGGUACUUCUAUCAAGGCAGAGCGUUUGGCUUGCAGGUGGACCUGAACCAGGGCUCCAUCUGUAAUGGAAAAAUCCUGCUGGGCUCAUACAUGAAGAAGCCUCUCUGGGUGGAUCACAGCGCCACAGCAGUUUUUAACGUAUUAACGAGCUCUGUCAGUGUAAUCAUCGACACCAGGGAGUCCCGCUUCAAUCCAGGACAAUCCUUCAUGGUGCCACAUGGGCACGCUUACAGCAUCCAAAACGUUUGUGCGCUGCCCGCCGUUCUGUACUUCACCAGGGUGUUGGCAGAAAGUUCAGACUGAAGUUGUCAGUUCGAAUCCCGGCUAAAGAACCAGCCACAUGUUCCCGAGGAGAAAAAAAGUAUUUUAAUUUUACUUUCUGUAUGAAAAUAUGAAAAUAGGAAAGAAGCUUUUGGCUCUAAGUUUUAAAUUAUCUUUGAUUUUUAGCAAUCUUUGUAAUGAUGCAGAUGUAAAUAAAUGUGUAUGCUUUUGUUACUUGAUUUGGCUAUUUCCUAUGACCGUGCAUGUGUUGUUUCCAAUCUUAAGGGGGCAGUGUGCUGCUGUAGUCUCAUACUCCUGCAGGCAAACGAGGGCUUUAUUUACAGUUAAUUUAAAAGACAAAUAAGUCUGCAGCCAGAAGUGAAUAUUCCUGCAGUUGCAGAAUUGAAAGCAUAACAAGGACUAGGACUGCUUCUUUUGAUUGGUGCA